AUGUUCAAUUCGUUGUGCAGACACUUCUACAAGUUACUGGGGGUCAUCCUGGCUGCCCUCCUUCUCUUGGAGUACAGCUUCAACCUAUCUGCCUACAAUAAGAAGAACUUCGAGCUUCUUAGAGGCAGAAUCUCUCGGAUGUUCGAGUCCUCAUUAAUCCUGGACUCACACGUUGUCAAUGCCAGCUUCAAGAACAGGACUCAGGGCGGUGUGGCAAGGACUGGAAACGGAACAAGCGUGGGCAACACCAGUGCGAUGGCGGUGUCCUCCAAUAAGUCGCUAGAGCUCUGCCCUCUGGUGCCUCCCAAUUUAGUUGGCCCCAUCAAAGUUCUACAACAAGCCCCGUCGCUUGAGGAGAUUGAGAAUAACUUCACGCAUGUCAUGCCAGGAGGGAGGUUCAAGCCAAAGGAGUGCCUGGCCAGACAUCGGGUGGCAAUACUUGUCCCGUACAGAAACCGGGAGAAGCAACUCAAUGUGUUCCUUCACAAUAUGCAUCAGUUUCUGCCCCGGCAGCAGAUAGACUAUGGCAUUUUUGUCAUUGAACAGGAUGAGAACGGGAAAUUCAACCGAGCUAAACUGUUCAACGUUGGAUACCUGGAGUCGCUGGCAUUGUACGACUACGAGUGCUUUAUUUUUCACGAUGUGGAUCUCGUCCCGGAGGAUGACCGCAUCCUCUACACUUGUCCCGAGAAGCCCAGGCACCUGUCUGUGGCCAUCAGCACUCUGGAGUACAGGCUGCCCUAUUAUGGAUAUUUUGGAGGAGUUAGUGUCCUCAGCAAAAAACACAUGGAAUUUGUCAACGGAUUUUCGAAUCUAUACUGGGGAUGGGGUGGCGAGGAUGACGACAUGUUUAACAGGCUGCAGCACUCCAAUUUAGAUAUCACAAGGUAUCCUGCAGAAAUUGCAAGGUACACAAUGCUAGGACAUGUCAAGGAGACUCCAAGUCCUGAAAGGUUCAGGCUUCUCUCUGGUGCAAGGUCACGAUACCGCAGAGAUGGACUAAACAGUGUCAAAUAUGAGAGGAAGAAGCUAGUGCUCAAGAAGCUCUAUACAUGGAUUUUGGUUGACCUGAAAGCCCCGUAA